AUGAACUUCUUAGGUCCAGCUGUUAAUGCUAUUAAGCCCAGACUAGAUGAUAGUGGAAUGGAUCGUCUUAAUUAUUAUUAUUCAUCGAUGGUUAUUCUUUUUUGUUCGCUAACCAUCACUGCCAAACAGUAUGUUGGUGCUCCAUUACAAUGUUGGGUACCAGCGCAGUUUACACAUGCCUGGGAACAAUAUGCAGAAAACUAUUGUUUCGUCUACAAUACGUAUUGGGUCAAACCGGGAGAGAACGUUCCGCAGUCUGUGGAAGAACGAGUUGCUCAACAACUCAUCUAUUACCAAUGGGUCCCAUUUUUGAUGGGAUUAGAAGCAGCGUUUUUCUAUUUUCCAGCUCUCUUUUGGGGACAAACAAGUAAUAAAAGUGGAUUGAAUAUAGUUAAUAUUGUCGAAACGGCUCAAAAAGCUGAGCAGGAAGAUGAAACUAGUCGGAGAAAAAAAGUCGACAUCAUUGUCGGCCAUAUCCGAGAUAGUAUUAAGCUGCAGAAGGUCCGUAGUCGAGGAAGCAAUCUUGUAAUGCGUCUCAUGAACUUAGGAAAACUAGAUGGAUGUUAUAUAGCGAAUCUAUAUACACUCACAAAAAUGUUUUAUGUAUUGAAUCUUAUCGGACAAUUUUUGAUGAUGAAUAAGUUCCUCGGUCAGAAUAACCAUUGGUGGGGCUUCCACAUUCUUAGUGAUAUUCUAGCGGGUACCGAUUGGGAGUUGAGUGGAAACUUCCCUAGAAUUGCUAUGUGUGAUUUCCAAGUUAGAGUUUUAGGAAAUCUCCAAAGAUACUCCAUCCAAUGUGUUCUUUCAUUGAAUAUGUUCAACGAGAAGAUUUUUUUGUUUCUUUAUUGGUGGUUCGUGUUAGUUGGAGUUUUUACUCUUGUCGAUCUCCUAUCGCUGUUGCGCGACACAAGAACGGAAGGUCAUAAAAUCACUUUUAUACGGAAAUUCAUAAAGAACGACAUUUCCGAAGAAGGACUCAUGUUAGACUUUUGCCGUCGAAGUGUCAAUAGCGACUUGGUCGUUCUACUAAAGUUCAUUGGAUCUCAUGCAACUGAAGUGAUCGCUACUGACAUCAUUGAAAACCUAUGGGAAACACAUAAGUCAAAUCAUUUUGCAUCAAUUCAGACAAACCAUUAA